GGUGGAGGAGGAGGAGGAGAGCGGGGGGGGGGCGGCAGCGGCGCCGAGAAGAUGAACCGGAGCUUCAACAAAUCUCAGACUCUGCGGUAUCUGGAAUGCAGCGCAGUGGAAGUGAAGAGUAAGUUUGGGGCAGAGUUCAGAAGGUUCUCCCUAGACCGCUACAAGCCAGGAAAGUUUGAAGACUUCUAUAAACUAAUUCUUCAUAUUCAUCACAUAGCCAACCUGGAAGUGAUGAUUGGAUAUGCUGAUGUGCAUGGAGACCUUCUCCCUAUUAAUAACGAUGACAACUUUUUCAAGGCUGUUUCAAGUGCUCAUCCGCUCCUCAGGGUUUUUAUACAAAGACAAGAUGAAGUGGACUACAGUAAUUUUGGGACCAACACGUUGUCAAGGAAGAAGAAGGCUCUGGUGACACUCCGCAACGACAACCUCCGCCGGCGUCCUCACAUUAAUAUCGGCAUGCCUCACGAUUUUAGGCCUGUGUCUUCCAUAAUCGAUGUGGACAUUCUUCCUGAAACACACAGGAGAGUGAGGCUGUAUCGACACGGGUGUGAGAAACCUCUAGGAUUUUACAUACGCGAUGGCACCAGCGUAAGGGUUACUCCUCACGGACUGGAAAAAGUACCUGGUAUCUUCAUCUCUCGUAUGGUUCCUGGGGGCUUAGCAGAGAGCACAGGUUUGUUGGCUGUAAAUGAUGAAGUCCUGGAAGUUAACGGCAUUGAAGUAGCAGGAAAGACUCUCGACCAAGUCACAGACAUGAUGAUUGCUAACAGCCAUAACCUUAUUAUCACGGUCAAGCCAGCGAACCAGAGGAACAAUAUUAUUCGGAGCAGUAGGAUGUCUGGUAGCUCUGGGCAGUCUACAGACAGCACCGCUAGUCACCACAGCUUGCCUACAUCUCACGUACUGCAGAACUUCCACCCUGAUGAAAUGGAGAGUGACGAAGAGGCUGACAUCGUCAUCGAGGGCAGUCUGGAGCCGCAGCACAUUCCCAAACUGCACAGCCUUACUUCCAGUAGCCUCUCUAGAAUCAAUGGCAGCAGCCUUAGCCACAGACUUCAAAGGGACCUGGUGCUCAACAACAACUCUGGCCGAGAAAGCAACGGCAGCAUCCACAAAUUACUCAGUUCCUUAAAAACUGAUCCCAGACACAGUCUGGUUAUUCCCCGAGGAGGAAUUGAGGAGGAUGGCACAGUUAUUACGCUUUAGUAGCAAUUGCUGCAACUCUUUUCAGUCUUAAGUGCCAAUGGGGACAAUUGACUCUUAGAACUUGUUAUGCACAAAACAGAGCUGAUAUUCUCAUAGACCUCACAGGUGCAGAAUAUUUUUGCUGUCUAGGAAACAUGGCAUUUGGAGUUAGAGAGAAGACUGCCAUGCACUGCAAAAUUGAUCAGGAGAAUGCCAGAGUGUAAAAGCUGGUUUAUAUCUCAGUCCUAAAGUAAGAGGGCAGAUUAGUUGUAGUUUGUAUAAAUUAAAGCAGUUUUACAAGCUACCACUGGCAGUGCUACAUGCUUGGGUUUGAAUGCAUGGGUGGAUGUAUUUAUACACGCAUGUAUAUGAGUUAGGUUUUAAUAGUAAUAACAGAUGUCUAUUUGAAGUGGAAUCUGUUUUUCCUCUGAUACGAGUUUUAAAAGAGUUCUUCUCAAUAGCAUUACAUACAGACCUUCUGCUAAUUUGUUUAUACCACAUUUGCAGUGUUAUGUCUAAACCAGACAAGCUCUGUAAAAGUAGUUUUCUGCCCUAGUGGUAACAAUGGUAGGGAGAUGCUGCAAAUGCAUUUCCUAAAUGAAAAAAUGUAUGUAUUUUUUAAAGUGUAGGGAGAGGAGGUUAGAGGGUGAUGUUAUUGCUUUGGGAUCAGCACCACCUGCUGGUCAGAGGCAGAUCUGCCUGCAACACAGAUCUAUACUAUAUGGGAAAACAAAAUCAUGACAUGAGGGCUUAAAACUGUUCAUUAUGUGUCAAAUGUAUUAUUUUUGAUAUUUAUUAGAUAAUACCUCUUUUUCAAAUUUUCUCACCAUCUCUUUUUCAGUAUCAAGUUCAUGUGAAUUCUAGGGAUACAUUACACGCAAGAAGGUGAAAAGAAAUGGAAGAGUGCUAGGACUGUUUCCUUCCCCACCAAGAUAGGUUCUCGCUGUAUACAGCCUAAAUCCUGGAGGUCCUUUCUUACCAAAAUUUGGCCAAUUGCUAUACCAAGGAGGGAUGCUGACUGUCUUUCAAACCUAACUUAGGAUAGUUCUAUUGUUUUUGAACUCUUCUAGUAAUCAUAAAGCUUUAUGUCUACAACAAUAUGCUGGAUGUUGGCGGUGGCCAGACAUCCCUACUGGAUGCUAGUUAAGGGGUAACCAGUGACUGCUGAGUGGAUAACUGCUCACAUCUGAAAUGCCAUGAAUUUGUUAAAAUGAUCAAAUCUAAAGUAUUUUGUUACAUCUCAAUCAGUGUAAGGAGCAAAAUAUAAAUGUUUUACAAUGUAUUUUUCUACUUUUAGCUUGUCUUUUUCUUUUUGUUUUUAACUUUGUAGUACAUUAAAGGUUUUUUUUUAUAUGGUGAAAUAGACAUUUCUUAAAUAUUGUAUGAAUAUGUAAAUUCAGAAGUCUUGGUUUGAAAAAAAAAAAUUACAUUCCAUUUUGGAAUAUGUAAUGACUGGACAAAGGAUAUGUGGACUAAUUGAUUAUUGCUAAUUUAGAAUGCCUGUGGAACAACCAGUCUUCUGCUCAUUGUUAAGUAUGUUUGGGACAUUGAACUUAGUAUGUUUCUUUUAGGUUUGCUUUAAAAGUUUAUUUUAAGACUCUUUAAUUAAACCUUUUCUAGGUGUCACAGCAGUUAUAGAGCUAUACUUAUUUUUCCCAGCACAGUAAGAAUAGCACAUUGAUCCUAUGUCUUAAAUACGUGUUUGUACUUUACCAAAGGUUUUCAUUAAAAAAAAAAAGUGAUUAUAUUGGUGCAGUAAAAAACUGAAUAGCUGGAUACGCUUCAGUCAGUCACACCAUCUUAUCAGGAGGGUUUUGUUACACCUUCUUUAAAUAAGUUGUUUUGCCUGGCUGAGGGUUACUCAUUUUGCCUUAUUUAACUGAUGAAAUUGUGACCUGUCUGCAAUAAAAUGUGCACUAAGCUUA